AGAGCAACCACCAGCCGAGGCUCACGCACAGCAAUGACUCUCUACAGCCCCUCGAUCAGGAGGCGAGAGCAAAGCUGAACUUCCCAGGGCGGAGCAGGCAGAAACCUCAGGCAUGUUUCCAUAGUCAGCUCGGAGCUGUGCUUGGAGAGGAGGGAGAGUGGGAGAGGAAGAAGAGUGGAGAGGAGGAAGAGUGGGAGAGGAAGAAGGGGUGCCCUGCACAGAGCAGCACCCAGCUCCACUCAGAACCUUGUCCUGCAGCAGCCCAAAGGGUGCCAAGCCAUCCCGGCGGAGCAGCCGGAGAGAAAACACCGAGGACGAAGGCACAUGAACCCGAUUUUGGGGCAACCGUGCGUACACCUGGCCGGGACUCAGCUCGGCAGGGCUGGGAGCUGAGCAAGCGAGUCCCACAAAAGCAGGUAGGGGCUGCAAGCCAGGCGCCCGCCUCAGCGGCAGCCCCAGCGCGGAACCGCAGGCAAAGCAGCACCUUGCAGCACCCCAUGAUGUCAUUCAGGUCGCUGUGCACAUGUAAACAAGGCUGGUGCGGUGCAGCCGGGACACUCCACUUCCUCCUGACAGCACGGCUGCACUUAGCUGGGUUUCUGCCUGAAAAGGAAUGACCCACCCACCCUAUACCACGACAGAUGUUUCCAGCAGCCCAGUCAUGACGCAGAGCAACCAGACCUGCUCCAGUCACAAUAUAAUGUUCAAAAACAGCCUGUACGCUACCACCUACACCCUCAUAUUCAUCCCCGGCCUCCUGGCCAACAGCGCUGCCUUAUGGGUCUUGUGCCGCUUCAUCAGCAAGAAGAACAAAGCCGUCAUCUUCAUGAUCAACCUGGCCAUGGCCGACCUGGCUCACGUCCUCUCGCUGCCACUGCGAAUAUACUAUUAUAUUAACUCCACGUGGCCUUUUGGGAGAUUCCUUUGCUUACUGUGUUUCUACCUGAAGUACCUCAACAUGUAUGCCAGCAUUUGUUUCCUCACCUGCAUCAGCAUUCAGAGGUAUUUCUUCCUGUAUCAGCCGUUCAAAGCCAAGGACUGGAAGCGGCGGUACGACGUAGCCAUCAGCGCUGUGGUGUGGCUCUUCGUUGGGGUGGCGUGCUUGCCAUUCCCCAUCAUGCGCAGCUACGGCCUGGCCAAAACCACAAAUACCUGCUUUGCAGACCUUCAAGUCCGGCAGAUCGACAGCAAGGUGGCCACUGUGCUGAUGACAGGCACGGCGGAGCUCUUCGGGUUCAUCGGCCCUCUCAUCAUUAUUUUAUUCUGUACUUGGAAAACAAAAGACUCUCUUCGGGGCUUCCAGAUACCGCUCCAAAACAGCGGCGAGAGGCGGAAGGCUUUAAGGAUGGUUUCCAUGUGUGCCAUUGUGUUCUGCGUGUGUUUUGCACCAUACCACAUCAACUUCUUUUUCUACAUGUUGGUGAAAGAAAACGUCAUUACAGACUGCUUCCUGAGUACCAUCACGCUCUACGCCCAACCCUUUUGCUUAAGUCUUGCGAGUCUGGACUGCUGUUUGGAUCCAAUCCUGUAUUUCUUUAUGACUUCAGAGUUUCAGGAUCAGAUAUCAAGGCACAGCAGCAUGGUCAUCAGGAGUCGGCUCAUGAGCAAAGAGAGUGCCUCAUCAAUUAAGGAAUGACAGGAAAGCCAGCUUAAAAGAAUGAAGAUAUUUCAUAUGAAAUCUGGGACUGUUCUGUGAUACUCGAUUACCAACUCCGUUGUGGAAGAUCCUGCAAGUUUAUUCGGGGGAGUUUUGUGGCAGUGGAAAUCUUUCAACAGAUAGAAGAUAAAACUGUUUAAGACCAAUGUGUUGGGAGCUGAUGAGCGACCCAACUGGCGUGACUACACCUACCGCUGUGCCAUCCGCGCCUGACCUAGUUGGACUAGAAAAUAUACAGGAGGGAGCGACAAAGCUUUUGCUAGGAAAUGGUGGAAGCGUCCCAGGAGGCUUUUCUUCUAUUUUCCCAACUCCAUGGCUCUAUAAUCAAACAAAAGACAAUCCCACAUCCAUACACUGACAUCCACUGAAAUAUCUUCUCUGCUAAAAACACACAAUGCAUACAAGAACCCGAAAAUGGCCGUAAUAAUAAAUGGCAGUUUUGGUCUCUGCACUCAGGGCUGCGGACACGUGAAGGUUGGCAGCUUGCUUCAGCACGGCAGCCCCAGCUUUGAGUGCAUCCCACUGGUCCCCACACUUCUGCUUCACCUUUCCCUCGCUCCCCCUCCCGCUCUCAUUCAUUAUUUCCUCCUCACCCAGCUCUAAGUUUGCUCCUUAAUCACUGAUGCAUCCCGUAACUUGCACCUACAGCUGGUGCAAGACCCUCUACAGGACAAACUCUCCUGAUGGCUCCUCAAACACUCCAGAGAAUGGGACCUUCCCUUGCUCCGAGUGACUUUCUUCCCCUCCGAGCUGCCCCCGGGGACAAGGGGGGCAUCAGCACGUGGCCUUCACCUUUGGGCCCCGAGGGCCAGGACCACCAGGAGCACGCCAUGGGCUGGGUGCAGCCGGACUCGGCAUCGGUGCAGGUGGAUUUGAGGAUGCUGGUGGUACCAUUCAGGUCCUCACUCUCUUCUGCGUGUGGCUUCUUCACCUCAGAGGUAACUGCGAUGGAUCCGCCCCAUGAAAUCUCUGCUCAAUGGGUUCAACUGGCACAACUUUUUAAAGAGAGAGGUGUCCUUGCCAAGGUGAUUUCACUAACUGAGCAUAGGCUAAUUUCUUAAGUAAAUUAUUCAUUGUGAUUUUUUUCCACCAGCUCCUCUCUUGAUCUUAAUGUUUACAGUUUUAUAACUUCAUCGGCUUUAAAGAUACGAAAAGCAGUGACAGGAAAGGAUGCCAUUUGCCCCUUAUUUUAAGUUAGCGACAGCUCUUCAGCCAAGUUCACCCACUUUGUGUAACUUCAAGGGUAUCCUCGUGAUACCUGGGGAUUGUUUUGGCUGAACACAGGCGCUGAUUUUAUUGCCUUUGAAAACCUGUGUUUUUUCAAAAGGAACGUGUACAGUUCUCAGUAAGCACCAGUGCCAGCAUCUGACAUGUUGCUAAAAAAUAGAAGAAAUACCAGAAACACUUGCUAAGUAUAUUUUAAAUCCAACUUCUCAAUUCCACUUAAUUACAUUUUAACUCGGCCGAAAAUUUUCUGCAUAUUAUGUUUUCCCACUUGACUGUUUUACAAUAAAAUGAGAAAAAGCAAACAAUAGCCAGCUUUAAAUAACCAUUACACUGGAGUUCCUCUAAAAGGCAGCGAAGACAUACUGAUUAAAUACAAUAAGCUCUUGUAGUUCUCCUCCCAUUUGUGAGAAGAUGAUUAUGGGCUACAGUACGAUGAACUUAAUCUUACAUGUAGAUAAGUGAAAAUACCAAAAUAUGCCUAUCUGAAGGAAGUAGCUUUCACAGAGAGAGUAUUAUUGCAGGCUUCUGGUGAGAAAGCUGCAGAGUAGGCAAACAGUCCAUCUCCCACUGAAGUCAAUGGAAAUGUUUUCUCUGAUUUAACUGGCAGUUCGUUACGCCGGUGAUACACAUACACGUUUACACACUGCAGGUAGACCCCUUAAAAAUGAGAGCAGAGGUUGGUGCUCAGGUAAUGCAGUUAAGCAUGCAAAAUGAAAUUUUUGUCAGUUUAGCAGUUUUCUCAUAAGCUAGACGCUGUAUAAUAUUGUCAGUGAAGGAGACUUUAGUUUCAAUGGUUGUUUUGAGGAUUUUUAUGGACCUUGAUCAGCUAGCAUGUGACUAGGAGCUGUUUACUGUGAUUUCUUUCUCAUAGAAUUCUCCAUUUAUCAGGUGAAAACAAACUGAAGGCACUGUUAUGGUAACUAUGUAGCUUGCCCUACAUUUUUCUUUCCAAAAACUGAUGCUUAAAAAAUAAACACAUUUUUGCAAACAUAA